AUGACAAUACCGUUCACCCAAUGUUCAGAAAAGCUAGGGUACCUCAUUCUUCAGUUAGCAAAAAAUUUCAUCGUGUAUAUGGCCAUGGUGGUUGCAUGCAACGGUUUACAUUUCCUUCUAAAGCCCUAUUCACAACCUCGCAUUACUUCUGACAUAGUUGUAGGAAUUGUAUUGGGGAACAUACCUUUUUUACGAAAACUGUUCGAUGAAUUCAACAGAGCGUUUGGAUUUAUCAUGGAUUUUGGGAUGAUGUGUUACAUGUUUGCUUUGGGUAUAGAGAUGGAUCCCAACGUACUGUUCAAACGCCCGAACAAGGAUGCUCUGGUUGCAUACACGGCGAUACUCUGCACCUUCGUGAUAUCCAUUGCAAUGGUCCCAUUUCUCCAUUUCUUCUCACGGCAUACAGGCGUAGCAUUCACCAUCUCCGUCUCUGCUCUUCUAGCGAGUUCAGCAUCUCCGGUUCUCACGCGAUUACUAACAAAUAUGAAGAUAGGAAAAUCAGACAUUGGAAAGCUUGUGAUAGCAGCAGGAAUGCACUCGGAUUUAGUCUGCUUGUUGAUUUUCUCAAUUUGCUACAUUUUCAUGCCAACCGAUGCAUACUGCAUUGGGCAUCACAGUGAAAGGACGCUGAAGAACGCCAUAAAAACAAUAAUUGCGGUGGUGGUGCAGACGACGUUCACGGCGAUGGUUUCGCCGAUUUUCAUGGCAUGGGUGAACAAUGAGAACCCUGAAGGCAGACCCAUGAAAGGGUCGCAUCUGGUAUUGUCGGUUGCCUUCAUGGUCUUGAUUUGCUCCCCCUCGACUCUAUACGACUUUAGUCCGGUUCUAAGUGCGUUUAUGACAGGGAUAUGUCUUCCCCGUGAUGGAAGAGUUUCGAAAUGGAUUAUCAGCAAAAUCAACUACAUGUUGUCCACCAUCUUCUUUCCCAUGUUCUUCUUGUGGAUGGGCAAUGCAGCUAAUGUCACCCAAUUCAGACCUGGAGACCCUACAACUUGGCUUAGGUUUUUUAUACCUAUUUUGAUAGUCGUCACAGGUAAAAUUGUUGGCACACUCAUUUCUGGGGCAAUACUUGGAUUUAACUGGCGGGAAUCUAUUUUAAUCGGAUUGCUCCUCGUGACCAAGGGCCAUUUUCAAAUCUACAUGGCAAUCAAAGUGCUGACUUGUCGCAUCAAAGAUGGUGCCGACUCGUCGGGCCUUCUGUCGGUGGCAUCGAUAUUUUUCUCAGUGGUGCAUGCCCCUGCAGUUGUGACACAGAUCAUCAAACGUGCCAGGAAAAGGGCACCUACUCACAGCAACGCCCUCCAAUUGUUAAAGCCAUCAAGCGAGUUGAGAAUAUUCUUGUGCCUUCACGGACUUGAUAAUGUUCCUUCUUCCAUCAACUUCAUGGAGAUCUCAAGAGGGAUAUCAGACCCUGGCAUGGUAAUAUAUGUCGCAGAAAUUAUUGAAUUAACUGAACAUAUAUCAUCAGUUAUGCAGAAUGGUGAAGGAGUACAAAGUAAUACUAUAAAAGACAAGGCCGUGGUAGAGAUGAGAGAACAAAUAACGAACUUGUUUCAAGCGUACAUCGAUAAUGAUGGAGAUGGUAUUACUCUCAAGAGAGCGUUGGCACUGUCAACAAUCAAUAACAUGGCACAGAACAUCUGCGUUUUAGCAGAGGACUUGAUGAUUGCCCUCAUUAUACUUCCAUUCCACAGGAACCAGCGUCAGGACGGAAAAUUGGAUGGUGGAAAUCCAGGCUUCAGACAUGUGAACCGAAAGUUAUUAAAGAACUCUCCUUGUUCGGUGGGAAUUCUAGUGAACAGAGGUUUUGGGUCAAUUGGGAAAAUAUCAAGGUCUCAGCAAUCAGUUAAAGUAGCAGCAAUAUUCAUUGGCGGAAGAGAUGAUAGAGAGGCACUUUGUUAUGUGGGUCGUGUGGCAUGGCAUCAAGGAGUACACGUGACAGUGAUAAGAUUCCUGGUAGAUACCAGUGCAGAAUCUACAAGACUGGCGGCUUAUAGGGUCAGCCUCCCAGAGGAGGAGGAGAUGGGAUUGGAUGAUGAAUGCUUUGCACAGUUCUAUGAACAGCAUAUAGUUGGAGGUCGCAUUGCUUAUUUGGAGAAGCAUCUGUCAAAUGCAUCAGAGACCUUCUCUACUCUUAAAUCAUUUGAAGGAGAAUACUCACUUGUCAUUGUAGGAAGAAAAGCUGGAGCAAACUCCGUAUUGACAAAGGGUAUGAAUGACUGGCAACAGUGUCCAGAACUCGGACCAAUAGGGGACGUUCUUUCAGGACCAGACUUUUCAAAGUCAGUUUCUGUAUUGAUAAUUCAACAACACAAACUUAGAGGAGAACUAGAUGGCCUUGACGAGGACUUCACUAUCAUGUAGUACAUGUAAAUGGAUAGGUAGUGUAGGAACAGAUACAAACUGUAGCAGAGAAACAUCGAAUUGCUAGAACCACUGUGAAAAUUAAUUGUAUAGAUAAAUGUACAAUUUGAUAGAUUUACUCAGAAUGUUGCAAUCAACAAAAAUUGCAUUCAGCAUACAUGUCUACAAAGGCACUCUACAAAUCCUUAUAGGAAAAACAUUCGACAAAUUUAAGCUGAGAAGCAAGUCGAAAGGAAAAUUAAAACAACAUCGAGAGGUCGCCCCACAGAAACAUAUCUCCCUACACUAUUCGAUUUGUGGAAUAAAUCCUGCAACUAGUUGCUUCUAAUAAUGUUGAUUCUUAAAUAGACUACAAGAAGAUGAAGAGAACAAAAAACCAUUCUAACUUCAGGUAAUUAAUUCUACAAUAGAAUUCACGGAAAGUUGUAAAUACCUCUUUACCAAAUCCAUCAGCUAUAAAAACCAUACACAGAUACUUACUAUUAAUUGCUGA